CACACGCCCCGCAGGGCGAGCUGGACACGGCGAGUGGAAGGGAGCAAACAGACCGCCCGCCCCUCCGAGAAAGCGGUGGGAGGGCAGCUGGAGGGAAUGACGCUGGAGCAGCCGGAGACGCGGAGCAGGAAAGUUGCUGCGAAGGGAGACUUUGCAGUCUAGGCACUUGCUCCGCGAUGGGCUUUCUGGUGUCUCGGGAAAACCUCCUGCUCUUCCUCUGCGCGAACUUCCUCCCGGUGUGCAGCCAUGUGGAAACCCGAGCUCACGCAGAGGAGAGACUCCUGAGGAAACUCUUCUCUGGCUAUAACAAGUGGUCCCGGCCGGUAGCCAACAUUUCGGACGUGGUCCUCGUCCAUUUCGGAUUGUCCAUCGCGCAGCUCAUUGAUGUUGAUGAGAAGAACCAAAUGAUGACCACGAACAUGUGGGUGAAGCAGGAGUGGUACGACUACAAGCUGCGUUGGGAUCCUCUGGAGUACGAGAAUGUUACGUCCAUUCGAAUCCCUUCAGAACUCAUCUGGAGGCCAGAUAUUGUUCUCUACAACAAUGCAGAUGGGGACUUUGCAGUCACCCACCUGACCAAAGCUCACCUUUUUUAUGAUGGAAGAAUCAAGUGGAUGCCUCCUGCGAUCUACAAAAGCUCCUGUAGCAUUGAUGUCACCUUCUUCCCAUUUGACCAGCAAAACUGCACCAUGAAGUUUGGCUCCUGGACCUAUGACAAGGCCAAGAUAGACUUAGUGAGCAUGCACAACCAUGUGGACCAGCUGGACUACUGGGAGAGUGGCGAAUGGGUUAUCAUCAAUGCUGUGGGCAAUUACAACAUCAAGAAAUACGAGUGCUGUGCAGAGAUCUACCCUGAUAUCACUUACUUCUUCAUUAUCCGGAGGCUGCCCUUGUUCUACACAAUUAAUCUGAUCAUUCCAUGCCUCCUAAUCUCCUUCCUGACUGUCUUAGUCUUCUACCUGCCUUCAGAGUGUGGGGAGAAGAUCACUCUUUGUAUCUCAGUGCUGCUGUCACUGACCGUGUUCCUGCUGCUCAUUACGGAAAUCAUCCCUUCCACCUCCUUGGUCAUCCCCCUGAUAGGGGAGUAUCUGCUCUUCACCAUGAUAUUUGUCACCUUGUCCAUCAUCAUCACCGUCUUUGUGCUCAACGUGCACCAUCGCUCCCCCCGCACCCACACCAUGCCCGACUGGGUGAGGCGGAUCUUUCUCGACAUUGUCCCGCGCCUCCUCUUCAUGCAACGGCCCUCAGUGGUGAAGGACAAUUGCAAGAAGCUCAUUGAGUCCAUGCACAAAAUAGCCUCCUCGCCACAGCUUUGGUCAGAGACCGAAGUGGAGCCCAAGUUUACUACCUCCUCUUCAAACAGCCCUCAGAGCAAAGACGUGUCACCGACCUCUUCCUUCUGUGCCCAUCUUGGGGAGCAAGCCAAGCCCCAGGCUGUCGGAAAGUCACCAUCUCUCCAGUAUUCUGUGCUACAUCAAGAGCCGGUACAGGCUAGCUGCUCCUCCCUUCAGCCCCCCUGCCAUCCUCUGAGCGACACCCAGUCCAUGCCCAUCUCCAAGGGCAGGUCAGUAAGCGUUCAGCAGAUGUACAGCCCCAGUAAAGGAGAGGAUGGGAGCAUCCGCUGCAGAUCCAGGAGUAUCCAGUACUGCUACCUGCAAGAGGAGUUUUCCCAGACCAACGGCCAGACCGCUGGCUCUCCAGCAUCUCAGCGGGGCCACCUAAACGAAAAGCCACCCCAAAGCAAAGCCUCCCAGUGCAAAUGCAAGUGCAAAAAGAAUGAAGCCACCAGCUCUUCAGAGCAAGGAACCAAAGCUCUCAGCGCCAAAGAGCAACACGUUUUGCUGAUGUCCCCUGCCUUGAAGCUGGCCGUGGAGGGGGUCCACUACAUUGCAGACCAUUUGAGAGCAGAAGAUGCAGAUUUCUCAGUGAAGGAAGACUGGAAGUACGUCGCAAUGGUCAUCGACAGAAUCUUCCUGUGGAUGUUCAUCAUAGUCUGCUUACUGGGAACCGUUGGUCUCUUCCUCCCCCCUUGGCUGGCAGGAAUGAUCUAAGAAUAGCAGCGGAAAGAACAGAGUGCAUCCCAUUCCAUGGAUUUUAGUCCUCCUGGAAGGAGACGGGAGGAGGGAGAUGGAGACAGUCUUGAUGAAUAAUUUACUGGGUAUCUGCGCAUGACUUGGUCAGAGCGCUGGGGGAAUGCCAUCCAAGGUUACAUCAUUUGCCAUCUUCUAUAUCUGUUUUAAGGGGAUGCUGUUAUUCACAUUUGUACUUCGCAUGGCGGCAUUCAUUGACACGUACACUACAGUGUACAAACGCGGGCGUGGUCACUAAGGCAGCGCUAAGAGAGGCAUUAUUGACACUCCCAUCCUGGGCAGAUUAGGUCCAUUAGCCUCGAGGGGUUUCCGUGUGUUAGGGCCGCGCUGUCAAGAUGGCAUAGUUCAGGACUGUGUCCCCCUGUAAGAGCCGUUUAAUAAAUACAGUUUCAAAUUUGGAU